UCUAAACAAAAGACAAAACAAACCGUGUAUUUGUUGAGCAUUUGUUUAAUUAGACUGAACACUGCCGUUUAAACGUUUAUAAUGUCCUAUUUGGCAAAUUUCAACAAUGAGAGUGCCAAGCAAAUACUUAUGGAUAUUAUACGAUGUGUCAAUCAGCCGGAAAACUCCAAGAAGCUGUCAGAAGCAAAGGCCUCGGCUGGAAAAGAGAUGAUUCUCAUGAUGCAGCAUGUAUUUCCCUUGGUAAUGCAGCUCCAGUUGGAGGUCAUCAAGGGUCACGGUUUUCCAGGGAACCGCGAGGGAUUGGUCCAGUUCUCGCAGCUCAUCAGGGAAAUGGAGCGGGACGACAUGGAAAUUGCACGCCUGCGCAGUCAGAUCCGAGCUAUAUACCUGCCACCCAUAGCUAUAAAUACCACUAACGAUAUCCUAAUCUAAGCGGGGGGUAAGUCCCCUAAACAAGACUGUAAAAGUGGCCUGUUUCUGGGGUUUGCAAUAGUUUUAAGGUAAUUAGUCAUAUGCUUAAUAUGUUUUAUAAGGUCCUAACUCUUAUCAACUUUUAUUUUAUCAAUUGAAAAAAAAAAUAUUUUGUAUUUUUCCAAAAAAAAAGGGAUAAUUUAUCUCAAGAUCAAGUAUUCCUACGAAUUUACGCAAAAUGUUUAUAAUUUAUAAUUAACAACUUAAAGAACUAAACGAAUACAAAAUCUUUGUAUUUUAUAUGCUUUCCUAGCACAAUUAAAUAAGUUUAAAAUAUAAUUAUUCAAAGUUUUUUAUAUGCCUCUAGUAUAAACGUAUUUUGUUUGAUUCACAAAAAUAAAAUAAAUAAAUCAAAAAUC